GGUGAAGACUGGAGGUGGCGUCAAGACCAAGCAGUUCGGACUCCAAGGUAAUAUAAAGGCGUACGUCGACUUCACCUGGUUUAACUUACCUGGAACACCGAACAGCUGCGUUGCCCAGCACGGUCAGGAAGUCCGCCACUGCCACACCACUUUCUACCAUCAUGGUGGUGUGGUCGGUGCUAAUACUAGCAGCAGCCAUUUUGGCGGAAGCAGCAGUACCAAACCCGCCAAAUUCCGGCAUCACCACCGUCGGGUCUUUGAAAUUGGCAACAGCAGCGGACUGUGCUGGUGUCGUCGCUUUUUCUGCCACUAAGGGAUCUAUCGAUAAUGCCAGAGUCCUUCUCGCCGAGACGCUGGUUGACAAAGGAGUGGGCUAUGUCGCCCAAACAGGGAUUUUCAUCACUCAUUGCCCGGGCCUGUACCAAUUCAGUUUCGCCGGUUACGGCAGCACCGAUCUUCGACUCACUUUGAAAAAGAAAUUGAACAACUCCGACAGUUGGGGACCAGUGAUCAGCGUUGGUCCAGGAGGAGGCUCCAAUCUGGUCCUGCUGGACCUCGAAGCUGGAGAUCACGUCGCCGUUUUCGUUGAUUCCGGAAAAGUAGCCGACGGUGUUUCGUUCUCCGGAUACCGAAUCGCCAAGAAAUAACCGACUCGCUCGAUAAACCGACCACGACGAUCGCGUACCAUCUGACAACUCCAAACGCUAUUUGGAAGAUCAUUGACUACGGAAAAUUCCACGAUUAACCGGGAUUCAACGUAAACGUAAAGUUGUUCUUUCAAGAGACCAUAAUUUCAGUAAUCAGCCAUCCAAUCGACAAUUCCUAAUCGACGAAAAAUGGUUCCAAUCAUCAAAAAUGUUCCGAGGCUGGUUACUGGUCUUUCUGCUAAGAUUUUGUAAUUAUCAUCGUUACCUGAAAUCGACCUGAUACUGAAGAGUGCAAAAUUGAGAAAUCUCAAUGUUCGAUCCGAAUUUACUGAACUUGUGAAUUCGUUAUACAUUUUCUUGUUUAUAUCUGAUAGUUAAGAUGAAUCGCUUGAAAAUUAUUCGCGUCCAAGUUGUUCGAAUUCUUAAUUCGGAAAUGUUCGAUCAGAGCGGUUUCAAUCUUCUCCACGAACCUAAUGCUCUGUGAUAGCCAUUUUCCUAUGAUCGCUUUCUUUUCCCGUCUCGCAAUUUCAUUGAUGUCAUUGGUUUUUUAAAUGGAAUCGCAUCGGCACGUAUCAAUGAAAGUGCGAGGAUAUGCCUUAAACUAUUCACAAUUUGUGAUCGAUAUAUUGUAUCUUCCACUUCAUCUUUUCUAUUUUAUCUUCCAUCUCGUCGCUACAUAUAUCUCAUCUAUCUCUUUGCUAUCUCCCCUUACGUGUUUCUCUCUAUUCCAUCAACAAGUACAAAUUCAUUUUUAAUUUCCUUACUUUAAUCCUUACUUUGACCCAAAAUUUUCUUUUCUUCCUUUGUAAAAAUGAACUAUCUACCUAUCCCUAUCUUUUAUUCUCCUUCAUAACUUCUACUGUUUCUACCUUCUGAUGCUCUAUUUCUCUAUGUUCUUCCUAUCUUUUAAUACUCAAUCUUUCUACACUUCCAAUCUCUCUCCUUUACUCUCAACUAUUUUGUUGUUACCGUUACCUGUACAAUUUUCUUACAUACCUAUCAGUAUUACAAUUUCAAAAUUUGCUGAGUUUGUCACCCAAUACUCUUUCGUAAACCUAUCUUCCUUUCUCUUCUCAACUUUGACUCUUUUAAAUUGUCCUCGACUUGCACACCUUUCUUCAUGUUUCUCGCUGUCUAUUGUGAUGCUGUAAUUAUCCACACGUUAUAAUUGUUCAGUCUUUUUUUUCGUCAUUGCUUGUCCCUUUAUUACUGUGUCAAUGAGAGCUCCUUUCCAAACCUUCUAUACUUUUUACUAUUUCUUUACACUUCAAAUCUCUAAGUGCUAUUUUUCUAUCCUAAUUUAAGCUAUUCUAAUUUUCUAUCCUAAUUAGAAUGCUAUUCUCUCAAAAAAUAAUUUUAUCUUUCUCUUUUCUUUUCUUAGAUUCUUAUGCUCUUCUGUGAUCUUAUCGUCUUUACGAACUACUUAUGUAAAUUGAAUUUUAAUUGAAGUUUUUCCUAUUUUUUUCACGAUGUUGUUCUUCUAUUCUUCGUAUACUGGUAUUCCUGUUACUGUCCUUUUUUAUACUUCUAUCUUGCUAUCAUUCCUAUUACUAUUCUUCUCUAUACUUUUAUAUAGCUACUCUCAAUUUCUUAUUUCUGCCUUUACUUUCGAUUUUUCAACUUUCUACACUUCCCUUUCGAUUAUAUUUAGAGUCUGUUGUAAAAAUUACCUUUCUUCUAUAUUUUAUCUCUGUCGUCCUUCGUAACCUAUUUUUUUUUCUUUUUAUUCUCUUUUACUGAAAGUUCUCGCUGAAAUUCUAAUCUGAUUUUUGUAUCAGCUUCCUUCUAUAUUUUACCUUCUUCCGAAUACUACUAUUUCCUGUUACUGUCUUCUCAUUGCCUAUUCUUCCGACAAUUUAAAAUUUAAAUACUUCUCUACUGCCUACGUACAUAUCUUAUUAAUUCUUGCUUUCACUUUCUCCUGUUCACUCUUUCAAUUUUAAAUGAAACUUCACUAGAAAGUUUCUUUUACUCGCGUUUCUAGUCCUGUACGAUUUUUACACUAUUACCGUACCACUUCUUUACUUCGUUCAGGCGUCUGCAUCAAUACAUACAUAUUUGAGUUUCUGUUAAACUUUUCCGGUUUCUUCUUUGUUCUCAAAUGCUUUUUAUUUGCUAUAUUUUCACUAUUCUUUUCUAUCUUCUGCUUCUGCUCCCGAAACUCUUCUAUAAGCGUUCUUUACUUUAUUCUAUCAUUCAUUUUUUACAAUUUUGUAAAUAUGUCUACAACUUUCUCUCUAUCACCUGUACCCUCAAUCUUUCUACAUAGCUUUCCCUCAGCUCUAACUUUCCUCUGUCCUCUUUUCUUCGAAUCUUCGUCGUCUAAAAAUAUAAAUUUCAUUCUAAUUUAAAAAAAAAAACGUGUGUCGCUAAAAGGCGACAUCGCUUCUAGUCUUCUUAUCGAUACGACUAUAAAAUUGAAAUCUCCAAAUGCUGUGCAUUUUAUUUUAUAUGAGAUACUUCUUCAUCUCUAUUAUUUGUCUUGUAUAAGAAAUUCGUUCUAUGUAUUCUUUCCAAAAUAUUUCUACUCUAUCUACUUCAAAAAAUUCCUUACUCCUCUCAAUCUACACGCUAUACCUUCAUAUCUCUCUAAUUCUUUAUUCUACCUCUCUGAAUAUUUUCUUUGUCAAAUGGUUUAAAAGAAUCGUUUCAGUUUACAUUCUUACGUAAGAUACGUCUUCCUAUCAAUUUCUUUAAAACGUCUCUUAUUGUUCUAUCUAUUCUCCACCUGUAUUUCGUCUCAACUUGUUUUAAAAUGUCUCUUACUAUGUUCUGUAUCUCCACUUACGCAAGACAUGUCUUUCUGCCAAUUUCUUUUAAAACCUUUCUUAUAGCUUUUGCUAUUCCUUGUAUUUCCUCUCUCAACUGGCUUAAAAAAAAUCUUUUAGUGUGUUUAGUUUCUGCUCUUAUAUAAGAUACGUCAACAUGUCAAUAUCUUUUAAGAAGUCCCUUAUUGAUCUUUCUGUUCUUCCCCUGUGUUCCCUCUCGCGACUGGUUUAAACAAACUUUUCACUAUGCUCGAUUUCUGCUCUUACGUAAGAUACGUCUUUCUGUCCAUUUCUUUUGAAACGUUUCAUAUUGCUCUUGCCAUCCUUCCUCUGUGUUACUUCUCUUCACUUGUCUUGAAAAGUACCUUGCUAUACUCGUUUCUACUCUUACGCAAAACAUUGCUUCCUUCUUUUUCCUUUACACUAAGUUUACGGAGGAUCUUAAUACCUUUCAUUGUGUUCUUUUAUUUUUAACAUUUAUGUUGCAAGAACUCUUUGAUCACGUUUAUGUCUAUCACCGAAAUAAUUUAGACGUAUGCCGAUCUCUUUUACUACAUAAAAGUCAGCAUAAGUGUUUGGCAAAAAUAUAAAUGGUGUCUGUAACUUUCCUUGUGAAAUUUGGAAUGAUUCAAAAUGACCGUGCUCA